AUGAGACACAUAAUGUAUUUUGGUGGUACAUGCCAGAGCCCUGCUCUCCCAGCCCUGGUCCGUCCACCAGCCCCUCCUUUGCAACCAUCGCUGGAUAUUAAACCCUUCCUUCCUUUUCCUCUUGACACUGCAGCAGCAGUCAACCUCUUCCCCAAUUUUAAUGCGAUGGACCCGAUUCAGAAAGCUGUAAUAAAUCAUACAUUCGGGGUUCCUCUUCCUCAUCGAAGAAAGCAAGUCAUAUCAUGCAACAUUUGCCAGUUGAGAUUUAAUUCUGAUAGCCAGGCUGCGGCCCACUACAAAGGCACGAAACAUGCCAAGAAGCUCAAAGCACUGGAAGCCAUGAAAAAUAAGCAGAAAUCUGUCACUGCCAAGGACAGCGCAAAGACUACCUUCACCUCCAUCACUACCAAUACCAUCAACACCAGCUCUGACAAAACAGACAGUACCACAGGGACACCAGCAAUAUCAACGACGACAACUAUGGAAAUUCCCAAAAACAGUGUUAUGACAACUGAGAUAACCUCCAAAGUGGAAAAGAGCCCCACUGCCACCGCCCCUGGCAAUAGCUCAUGUCCUUCUACUACGGAGACUGAAGAAGAGAAGGCAAAACGGCUUCUUUACUGUUCGCUAUGCAAGGUUGCUGUCAACUCAGCCUCACAGCUGGAGGCGCACAACAGUGGUACAAAGCACAAAACCAUGCUAGAAGCCCGGAAUGGAAGCGGGACUAUCAAAGCCUUUCCCAGGGCAGGUGUGAAAGGCAAAGGACCAGUUAAUAAGGGAAACACAGGCCUACAAAACAAAACGUUUCACUGUGAAAUCUGUGAUGUGCACGUCAACUCGGAAACACAACUUAAACAGCACAUUAGCAGUAGAAGGCACAAAGACAGAGCUGCUGGAAAACCCCCGAAACCCAAGUACAGUCCUUACAACAAACUCCAGAAGGCAGCACAUCCACUGGGGGUAAAAUUAGUAUUUUCAAAAGAACCGUCAAAGCCAUUGGCUCCACGAAUUCUACCCAACCCACUGGCAGCUGCUGCAGCCGCUGCUGCUGUGGCAGUGAAUUCCCCCUUCAGUCUCCGAACUGCCCCCGCAGCAACGCUGUUCCAGACUUCUGCACUCCCACCUGCGCUCCUGCGGCCCGCCCCAGGGCCCAUUCGGACCGCCCACACUCCUGUACUGUUUGCUCCUUACUGA